AUGAAUUAUGGUAAAGAAUGUCAUGCAAAUUGUUUUGAAUUUAAUCAUAUAUUAGUACGAGAUUGUUCUGGUCAAAGUAAUUGUGAACAUGAAGUACAAUGUUUACAAGAUAGUAGAAUAUAUCCAAAAACAUCUGUAUGCAGUUGUCUAUCAUGUUUUCAUGAAAUACAAUGUCAAUUUAAUUCAGAAAGAUUUGAUCUUUCAUUCGAUGCUAUUUUAGGUUAUCAUAUUGAACCACAUAUUAAUAUUUUAAAACAAUUACCAAUCGUACAAACAAGUUUAACAAUGACUAUAAUUAUAACUCUAGUAGGUCUUGUAAAUGGUAUUCUAUCAGUGAUAACAUUUUAUACAACUAUGCAUGAUCCUUUUCAUCAACAUUUAAUUGAUGAUGAUGAUGAGAAACGCAUUUGGUGUAUUAUUAGUUAUUCACAUAGUUUUCAAAUCUAUAAUUUAAUUAUUAAUAUAUUUCAUUUCUUUGUUCCAUUUCUCCUUAAUUUGAUUUCGGCUAUUAUUAUCAUUAUAACAACUGUUCGACAACGAAAAAUUAUUCAAAAUCAUUAA